UGUACUGUUCAUUAAAAUAUUAAUUUCUUAAAGGGCCAAAGGGCUAAAAUGAGCCAUCUGACCAGUCCUUGGUUAGAGAUUGCCUUAUAGUACCAAACACUUGUUUCGUAUUAAAAUAAUCUUAUCCGGUGUGUAAUACGGCAAGUCAAAUUAAAACAUGCAUCUCGUCUUUCAGAAACUCUCUUAGGAGCACGUGAGACUAACACCCCAAACCCCCGAAUCCCCUUUUUAUGCGUGAAAUCGAAACAUGCAAUUGUCACCUCUUUCUCUCUCUCUCUCUCUCUCUCUCAAGCUGUCAUGUCAUGCAGAAAGAGAAACACAGGGAGUGCAUGCAGAUCCCAGGACCCAUCACCACCGUCCAAUCCAACCUAUGUACUUCUCACUUACCCGGAUCGUCCGAUGCUCACCAACUGCAUUCAACAGAACUCUGAUUCAAAUCAAAGCUCACGCCUUUAGCUUUCGUUGUUGACUGAGCUUCAGGAUAUAACAGAGAGCAGAAGAAGAAACGGAGAGAGAGAGAGAGAGAGAGAGAGGAAAUGGCGGGAACGAGUGGGAUUGGGAGUGGGAGGAGCGAGAGCGAGAAAGAGAAGACCAAGAUGAGGGAGAGGCAGAGGAGGGCCAUCACCACCAAAAUCUUCCACGGUUUGCGCAAGCACGGCGGCUACCGCCUCUCUCCCCGCGGCGACAUCAACGAGGUGCUCCGGCAUCUCGCCACAGAGGCAGGCUGGCUCGUUGAACCCGACGGCACUACCUACCGCCCACCCAACGCUCCCAAUUGCUGCCCGACUUGUGGAACCCCCAAAGCGACCACUCCAGUGGCAACAGCGACACCAACCCCAAGCAGUAGUGUGGUGAUUGGAGGUGGUGAUUGUUCAACCACAACAUCUCCAAGUCGAUUCCCCGCCUUCAACACCACCACCAACACCAGCAGUAUGAGCAUCUACUCGCCAUUGUACAGGUAUGAAGGCGGGCACCCGCAACCGCAACUGCAGGAAGCCAGGGCCUCUAACAAUACCACUCCGGUUGCUUCGCCUCCGCAUCACCGCCCUUAGAACAUACUUAAUCUUCCUUAAUUCAUAUGGAUUAUAGCUUUGUUCAUCCCAUACUUUGGGUUCGGAUGUGAAAUAGUUGGCAGCUAUGCAGAGUAUAUGCUGUGCUGUGAUGAAAACCCAUUUUCUGCAAUCUAAUUUUCUUCUAUCA